GUCAUUUCGUUGUUGUGGGCUGCGUGCGUCAGACGGUCAAUCUUUUGAUUGAUUUGGUCCCUAGUACCAGGAUAAAUUUAGUCCUAUGAUUGGACAGGCUAUGUGAAAUCAAAUCAAAGGCGCCUCACCGCGCUGUGUUUGUCUAAAUUGUUACAGUGAUAAUCAAGCACCAUUCAGUUUUCGAUUCACGGGUCCCUUCUUCAGCAGGCGUCAACAAGUUAUGUCAUACGAGGCGCUUGUGGUGAGGUGAGGCCGCGAUGGGCGCGGUGCGGCGCUCCCAUGUGGCUGCGCUUGCAAUAGUCACUGCUCUACUGCUGUUCCUGCUGACCCGCCUCCCCCCGCCCGCCGCCCUGCCACUGCCCCCCGCACCGCAAGUCUACCGCGACACCACAACGGCCCCUCCCACACCGGUAACCAACAAAACCACUGCAGCUCCACCACUAACGUCCCCUAUAGCCCCAGUCAAAUCUGUCCCAGUGAGUCCUGUGAGUCCUCCGAAAGCCGCAGCUAAAAAUGGCUCUCUUCCAGUCCUGACCGGUGAUGUAUACGUUGCCGGUCAUGAAAAACCUCAUCCGGAACUUUGUCCUUCUUUAGGCGCAAAGCUACGGCUGCUAAUACUCGUCACUUCCGCACCUUCGCAUUCCGCUGCCAGAGACGCAGUACGGAUGACUUGGGGACAUUUUGCGGUUCGCUCCGAUAUAGCUUUCGCUUUUGUCAUCGGAGUUCCACCGGACACUAUGAGACCUGCGAUCGAAGCUGAAGAUACGUUAUACGGGGAUAUCAUCGUCGGACGCUUCAUGGACUCUUACUCGAAUCUCACGCUAAAGACUCUCUCGAUGCUCGAAUGGGUGGACACCUACUGCCCGCGAGUCCAAAGAUUGCUCAAAACUGAUGACGACAUGUUCAUCAACGUACCCAAAUUGAUAGAGUUUAUGAAAGCGCCGUCAAGGGUGAACGCGACUAAAACUAUUUGGGGAAAAGUCGUAAAGAAAUCGCUGCCUAAACGGACGAGUCGAUCGAAGUACUUCGUUUCACCGCUACAGUUUCCCGGCAAGGUGUUCCCAGAUUUCACGACCGGCCCAGCGUAUUUGCUAACGACCGACGUCAUAAGGCUUAUUUUAGCGGCGGCCCCAAGCCAGCCGUAUUUGAGACUAGAAGAUGUGUUUAUUACGGGUGUUCUUGGGAACAAACUUGGCAUAAAAAGGCAGCAUGCUACAGAGUUUUAUAAUAGGAAAAUAGCGCAUCCGUGCGCGGUGCAAAGAGGCGUAUCUGUCCAUAUGGUGAGAUACCAUGAGCAGUUCGAUCUUUGGAGGAAGUUGCUCGACGGCAAAAUGAAGUGUGCGAGCUAGUCUGCAAGGGAGUUCGGGAUCCUGACAGAAUCUCGAACUGCUUGUAUAUUUGUAUUAUUUUUAACUCUUUAUUUAUAUUGAAGUGUAUUUUUGUAUUCGAUAUUGUUGGAGACGACGUAUAGAUGACGCCAGUACUUUAGAGCUCCUUUAGGUACUUUUAAUAAUUUGUUUUCAAUAUGCUCAUGAUUGUAGAAUUGCGCUUUGUUCAUGUGAACGCGAAUAUAUCGAACAACACUUAUCAAUUCUAAAUGCUUAUUAAUUUUAACUAAUUUUGAUCAAGAUGUUAAGAGUCGAACAAAGUAUAGCUAUAUAGUCUCCAAUAUUAAUUAUUUUUGUUUCAGUAAAAAUGAUUUGCCAUUUGUAAGUACCUUAUACGUUGGACAGUUUAGGGAGCUCCAUAGUACACUCACAAUAUAUGAUAAUAUAAUUUUUUUAGUUACUUUUUGAUAUUUUUAUCUCAAUCAAAUAUCAUGUUAUUUUGCAAGCGAUAUUUUUAUUGACGUUUAGAUUUAUAUAUAACAAAUAAUACACUGGACAGUAAACUAUGUGUAUAUUGGCGUUAAAAAAAUUAAAACGGCCCAAAAAUUAUAAAUUGGAUUUAGCUGCCUAAAUGGAAAUUAAUGUUUAAAUAGAGAUUUAAAUAUUAUAUAACUAUUCUUACUCAAACUCAUACUCAAUGUUAUGACUGUUUUAUAUAAUCGUAUGGUACAAUAAAUAUUAGUGUCUAUUAUUGCCUAAGGAAAUGUUUAGAUUAAUAAAUUAUAUGAGACGAGAAAUCUUUAAUCGUGGUCAUACCGAAUCAGUUACAUGAAUGAUGCUUUUUUAAAAUAUUAAACCUGUGAAUAUUGUCUGGAAAUAUACUUAUGACACUAAAGUUCUGUUAAUUAGGAAAUAGCUUAUUUAUUUUUAUUAUAGAAUUAUGACGAAUUUGCUAGUGUUUUAUAAUGUUAUUAAUUAUUAAGUAUCUUAACUAAUGAGAUCCAUAUUUUUGUACGCAAUGCACGGAGAAUGGCAAUGUGUCCGACUUUUGGGGAAAACGCAUUAUCAGCGGAGUUCAUGUUUUUAAUAUAAUUGUUGCUACUCACUUUAUGUUUGUUACUUUAUUUAUUAGAGAACACAUACAUAAAAAACAGUAAAAUAAAAAAAUAUAAGCCUACAAAGUCGAACUUAUCCCAAAAUGGCCUAUUAUUGAAUAUACUUUUAUGGAUAUUUGUUACAAGAAAUGAAUAAAUAAUUCAAUGUAGCAUUCAUCAAUUUACCGUUUGCUCAAUUUACCUUGACAGUUUCUUUACGCUAUAUUCUCGUCUAAAAUUCAUUCCGAAAAUGCAUUUAUAUUUUUGAAAGCUUUAUAUUUUUAUAACUAUUAUAAUUAUUUUAUACUCUAUACAUAUUUGUGACUGAGGAAUUGUUUUACUGUUUAUACUUUACAGAUAUAAGUAUUUUUAAACGCAUAUUUAAAAAAUCACAUUAUUAAAAAUAAUCACACUAUUCGAAGAAUAAAGACGCAAUGCAAGUAAGAAUAUAAAUACAAUCUUAUUUAUUUUACUAAAUAAACAUCUAAAAUUAAUGUUUAGAACAAAAUACAGCUCAAAUAGCUAAUUAAUAAGGCAUAAUAUUCCAAUUUUAAAUUUUUUAAAUAUAUUUGAUGUUAUGAUUGAACGUGUGAAUAGUGGUGAUCGAAUAGUGAAAUCGGGCAGUUUGAUGUGCUGUUAACUGUACAUACGGCAUUUGAAAAAUAAAAUGGAUCUUAUUAGUUGACAUUAUUUAGAGAUCUGAUGAUAGAUCUAACUGUACUUAGUCGAAUAUUAGAUAUAGAUUAAGACCUUUUGAAUGUGGUAGUAAUUUUGUAGUUAGUUUGAUAAUAAACACAUUUAUUCCAGUGAAUGAAAUGUGACAAGCUGUGUAUAUAAUCUUAGUACCUAGCAAAUGUACUGACGAAAAAAUGUAAACACGUUUUUUUAAAUAAUUAUUUAAAUUAUUUUAAAGACAUCUCGCUCAAAAAUGAAUUUGCAAAAAAAAUAAAAUAACUAUAAAUACCUGAACUUUUUGUGAUUGGUUAAUAAAAUGUCUCAAUAUAAAAAUAUAAACUACAAAAAGUAUGCUUUAUUUGAAAUAUUAACAAAUCAAAAUCGCACCACAUAUUUUUAUCGAUAUUUUUAGUCAUUGUAUGUUUUGGAGUUUGUGUAUAUUUGGCAGAGCCAAAAAUAUAUCCUCUAUUUUUUUUAAAUAUUAUUCAGAUUUAGAUUAAACUUUUAUACUUUUUGUAUAUGUAUAAUUUAAUUAGAAACUAAACAUAUCUGGUAGCAAUAUUUACUUUUAUUAAACAUGUAGGUAUUUUAAAAUAUAUAUGCGGAACAAAUACAUGAUGGUUUAUAUUGUGAUUGUUUACAAUUUUUCGUCGAUUUGAUGCCAAUUAGGAAUAAAAAAAGUCUUAUAAGUAUGUUUCUAGGUUGUGUUACGAACUGCGAUCAAAUGUUGCCAUAAAGAACACAAAUAUAUUGUAUUGUAAUGAAUGUUGUAAAUAAGCGUCAUAUUCAUUAAAUUAAAACACGAAUUUAGUAUGUACAUUUUUUUAUUUUAUAAAUUUUGUCAAAGCUAUUGUAAUGGGAUUGUAUAUAAUGAUGAAUUAUAGUCGAUUUCUGGGACUUUAGGGGAAACUGGUACAAUCGCCUCGAAUGUUUCUCACUCGAAUGAAAACAAAAUAAUUGUCGCGUUCAGACAAUGGUUGUCAAUCAACGCGUGCGUUCCGAUGCUAAAAUAUUUAUGUGUAAAACACAGAUUAAGUUAUAACAGCUAUUGAUUUUCGUUUUCUUUAAAACAGAUGCUUGUGUUAUUACUUUAAAACAGUUACAAUACAGGGGUAUAUAGUAAUAUCAGUAUUGUAGCUAUUUUAAUGAAUAUGGAAUUCUAAAUUUGACUAAGUCGGCUCCUGUGUUUUAAACGGUUAUAUGUCAGAAUUUCUAUUUUUUUAUGAAUUACAAGUGUAAUUCAAGAAAGUGUAAUUCAUAAAAAAAUAUAAAUUAUUACAACUUUCUAAAUUCCAUUUGGAUUUUAUAGAAGUGGUGCUUGUAUUGCCGAUAUGUAAUAUUUUCUAUUGUUAAAUAAAUAUUUACGCAUAUUAAUUAAAAUUUAGUUAGCAUAAAACUAAACGCAAUUGAAAUUGAUUGAUCAUCGGCGCUUUCUAAGUGAGUUUAAGAAUAGGUGGUGAGUAGAUAGAAAAUCAACCUUUCUUAUAAUUUAUAAAUUUUUUUUAAAAGGUUUUACAGGAUGGAAUUCGUAAACGUCGUCAAUGAACACCAAGUAGUAAAUUUUACUCGAACAUUCCUCUUGAUGUGUAUUCAAAAGACAAAAUUGUGUUCAAGUUUUUUAAAAAUUUGUUUAGGUACUACUUGGUAAUUAAGGUUUAAUGUAUGGGAAAGUUUAUUUAAGUAUUUAACUUUUACCAGCACAUGAAAAUGGUGGAUUUAGCUUAACCUGUUAAGUGAUGACCAGCAAAGACGAAAUAAUCGCAAGAAUUAAUUCUAACGUCAACAAUAAAAGAAAAAGUAGUUUUGUUUUUUUUUAUUAUUCUAUUAAUAUCAUAUUAAUCUACUCAUCACCGAGUGAACUAUCAACAAUUUCUUUAAAAAAAUAUUUUUAAACGCCAACAGACUUUUAAUAACAUCAUAUGGACAUGAGGCGCAACAUAAAAGAAAAAUAAAAUUGUAUAUCAAUCAAAAUUUCUUGAACUUUCCAUACCAAGUUUUGUCUGUCAAAAUGUAUGGAAUAGCAAUGUUUGUAAUUACUUGCUGUAGAUAGGUAUCUGUGGAUCUAUUACCUAUGUUUCAUUAUUUAGAUUUUGCUGAAUUUCGGCUGGUGUAUGAAAUACACCUGUAUGUUAUAUUAGGUGAAAUGAUUGUAUUCCAGGUAUCUCUAGUUCGAUUGUACACUUAGCUUGAUUGUACACGUUAAUAUCGACAUUAUUAUAUUGAAUAUUUUUAUUAGAUCUGUGUUUAUUCCAUUUUUAAUCAGUACAAUUAUGAAUUGGGGAAAUAACUAUUUAUUAUAAUACAUAGAUAAAAAUAC